AUGGUGAAAGAGAUUGAAAAGCUGACAGAAGAUGAAAGACGGGCACUUCGUGGAAGCAAAUUCGCCCCUCUUCCUCGAACUUCCAGUUCCAAACCUAGGUUGGCUCACCCAGGUGGACCAUUGGCGACGAAUAAAGCAGCGGCAUUGGCGAAGUUUCUGGAGAGAAAGCUGAAGGAUCCAAAUGGAUUGGCAUCUAUCAACCCUGAUCUCCUUGAACUUGCUGUCAAUAAUGCCAAGCAAACUGUCCAUGCAAGUGGUACUUCUAAUUCACAAAGAACUGUUCGGCAUGUGGACUCAUUUGGUGACUCCGAUUCUAAGGAUUCUAGCGAAGAGGAAAUGAAAGAACUAUCUGAGAAUGCCGAGGACCCUGGAUGUGUAGUGAUGAAAAAGCCUAAACAGAAAUUUAAAUUCUGA